AUGGACGAACACGACUACCGCAGUGUGAUUAUUUACCACGCAAGGAACCGCUACUACCACACGAUGCAGCGCACCGUUCUGGAAGCGAUGGCCAAGUAUACCAGCGAGGUAAGCUUUCGAUUCUUCAACGGCCUAGCGCUCGUCUUGGACGGAAUCCGUAUCCAAGAGGGCAUCCGGGAGCUAAACCAGCUACGAAACGACCGCGAUCUCGGCAUGGCUGUGACGCUCUGCUUGAUGUACACGCACAAGCGGUGCCACAUCGUGGACAAGGAGGAACUGAUCAGCUUGGACGUGAAGCUCAAGGAGGAGAGGAAAAGACUAACGGCACAGUCCGCUUACUAUUCGGCACUGUUUCUAUAUCUGAGCGGCAAAACGGAGAAGGCAAAGGAGUACGCUGACAAGGCACUGCGCCUCAAGCCCGACCACGGGGAUGUCCUGUCGCUGAAGGGCUGGUCCGAGCUGCAGCUGGGCAACACUAGCAACCAUACGCUGGAGCUGUUCAAUCGGGCGCUCGAGAGUGGGGGCAAACAUCUCGAUGCCAGCCUCGGCCAGGUGCGUUUUCAUCAGCUGAACAGUGACUUUGACACGGCGAUUGCGGUGCUGAACCGGUUGGCGGUUCGCUUUUCCGAGUCGGUCAUUCCUUUGGUGGAAAAGAUGCGAACACACCUCUCCAACUGGCACUGGGAGCACACGACGGAGAUUGCGAACCGAAUUCUGGUCGAAGAGCCGGCCAACCUGGAGGCGCUUACCGUGAAGAUCAUGGUGUUGCUGGUGAAGGACGGUAAUUAUGGUGCCGGCGUGAGUGCGCUGCAGUAUCUGGCGAGCUCGUUGGAGAAAAUCGAACCGGCCAAUGGGGAGCUGUUUUUGCGCUUGGGGCAACUGUACGCGGCCGUCUGCGGGCGCCACCCGGGCAUACUGGCCGAAACGUUCAAGCUGGUGGAAAAGGCGGUCAAAGUGAAUGGGUCCAACGCGGACUAUCUAACGGAGUUGGGCUAUCAGGCAAUCCUCCAGCGUCGGUAUAAGGAAGCGGUAGCGUACUUCAAAAGUGCCACCAAGGUUAACGAUAGCUCCGUGUACACCCUUUGUGGUCUGACGCUUUGCCAGAUGCUGGAGGGUGGCAUUUCCGACCAGGUGACGCAGCAGCUGGAGUUUCUGACCGAAAUCCAGGACACGUCUGCCAAUCCGUUGCUGCUCUUCAUGACCGCCAGGCUGCAUGCGGACAACUCUGUCCGUGCGAUUGAACUGUUGUCCGCGGCGUCGGAAGCACACUUUAAGAAUCUGAAAGCCCUCGCGUACGGCCCGGAGUAUCUGAGGCUAUUCAAUCCUGAUUUUCUUCUGCAACUGAUACGCGAACUGUUGACACAUUCACCUGUGAAGGGCGUGGUUUCGGUGGGUUCGAGUUUUGCGGCAAACGGCAUGCUGCAACAACAACAUCCAGUGCUGCUGCAGGCGGCCAACCUGCUCGAGUCAGUCGUAAAGGCCUGCCCGGGGCUGGUCGAGGCAGUCUAUCUAUUGGCGCUGGUACAACGGCUCGGUGGUGAGGUAGCGGCGGCAUCUGCAACACUUAACCGUAUCUUGCAGGAGCUUGAUCCCGCGUACCCCGACGCGCACCUGCUGCUAGCGGAAAUAAACAUCGAUCAGAAGCAGUACCAGCGGGCCGCACAGAAUCUCGAGAUUUGCCUCAGUCACAGCUUCAAGGUGCGCGAAAACCCAAUGUACCAUCUGCUGUAUGGUAUUAUUUUGAAAAACCAGCAGCAGCACGAGGACGCACUGAAAAGCUUCAUGAGUGCCUUGAAUCUGAGCGGUAUGAACACCGGUGGCACUAUCGGGCCCGGUAGCAACGUCAAAUCGUCCGCCCUAGGAAAUCUGAAACUUAGUUCAACCGAUCGGCUUACGCUUUACCUGGAAAUGAUCGGCACGCACCAGCAAUUGAACCAGAGUACGGAGGCGCUAAAGCUGCUAGAGCAUGUGUCGUCCGAGUUCGGUGGUACGUCGGAGGAGGGUCGGCUGGCGUUGGCAAUGGCUGACUUUUACAUCCAACAGGGUAACCACGCGAAGGCCAUUGAGCUGUUGCGAAAAAUGCAACCAGAUCAUCAGUACUACAUCCAGGCCAAGACGAAGAUGGCUUACAUUUAUCUGAACCACCGCAAAGAUCGGCUCACGUUCGCCCAGUGCUUUCGCGAGCUGGUAGCGAACUGCCCGAACGCCUCGAGUCACCUCAUCCUCGGCGACGCGUACAUGUCCAUUCAGGAGCCGGACGAUGCCAUCGACGCGUACCGGGAGGCACUUCGGCAGAAUCCGCGUGAUUCGCUGCUCGCUAGUAAGCUCGGUCGGGCGUACGUGCGAACGCAUCAGUACCGUAAGGCCAUCACCUACUACCAAGAAGCUAUAGUCAACCCGGAGAACUAUCCUUUAAAACUGGACCUGGCGGAACUCUACCUUAAGCUGAAGCAGUACCAAAAUGCCGAACAGACUCUUGCGGACGAUGUUAAUGACACUAGAGCUAACAUGGAUGAUCCAACCGUGCUUCAGAUGCGCACGAAACAACUACUGCUGCUCGCUCGGAUACGCGAGAAGGCUGGCCAACUGAGCGCCUCCCUGCAGACACUGAAAGAGGCCAGGGACAACCAGUUGAAGGUGCAGCAGCGCUUGCUGUUGGACCAUACGAGCGGUGUCGCGACCGAACAGAACAAGAUGCUAUCCAAAAUAUGUGUACUGAUGGCCGAGCAGUCGCAGGCAAUUCGAGACAACGAACAAAUGAUACACCACUACAAGGAGGCGCUCAAGUAUGCACAGUCCGACACGGUCAUAAUGGCAGCGCUGGCCCGUGUCUACAUGCAGUUGAACCGGAUGGACGAUUGCCAAGCGACGUGUGCGCAGAUUGUGCAGAUCGAUCCCAACAACGAGAUGGCGCUGGUGAUGAUGGCGGAUCUGUCCUUCCGGCGAAUGGACUUCGAAAGUGCGGCCUACCAUUUCUCGCAGCUGCUGGUGAACCAGCCGAACUACUGGACUGCGCUGGCACGGCUCAUCGAGGUGUUGCGCCGGAGUGGAACGCUGCCGGACGCCGGUGGGUUUCUGCAGCGGGCCGAGGAGGAAGCGACCCGGUCGGAUGGCGAGGCCGGGCUGAGCUACUGCAAGGGACUGUACGAGUGGUAUCGGGGCAAUCCGAACAGCGCGCUGCGGCUGUUCAACUACUGCCGGCGGAAUGCCGAAUGGGGUCAGCAGGCGAUCUACAACAUGAUCGAGAUCUGCCUCAAUCCGGAUGGCGAGCUGCCGAACGAGGGUUCGAUCGCCGACAUCGGGGCGGACGAUCUGGAGAUCAAGGACUCGCGGGCGAUGGCGUUGCGUACCGCCGAGCGGCUGCUCAACGAGCUGCGACCCAGGCCGGGCGUGCUGGAUAACGAGGCGCUCAAUCACCGGCUGCUAGAGAACUUCCUGCUCGUAGCCUCCCGGCAGAAGUACAACGUCGAGCGGGCGCUGCAGAAUUUCACCAGCAUCGCGUCCCAGGACGAAUACCGGGAGCAUAUCGGGGUCAUCUAUGGCAUGGCGGCGACCCACGUCAUUCUGAAGCAGGGCCAACGGGCGAAGAACCAGCUGAAGCGUGUCGCCAAGAACGUCUGGACGUUCGAGGAGGCCGAGUACUUGGAGAAGUGCUGGCUGCUGCUGUCCGAUCUGUACAUUCAAGCCGGCAAGUGCGAGCUGGCCACCGAUCUGCUGAAGCGCGUCCUGCAGCACAACAAGUCCUGCACCAAAGCGUACGAGCUCGGAGGCAUCGCAUUCGAGAAGGAGCAGAACUAUCGAGCCGCGGCGGCUUACUACGACAGCGCUUGGCGCUACUGCGGCAAAUCGAAGCCGAACAUUGGCUACAAGCUGGCGUUCAACCAUAUGAAGAAUAAGCGUUAUGCGGACGCGAUCGAUAUAUGCCAGCAGGUGCUUAAGUUGCAUCCGGAUUAUCCGUCGAUUCGGAAGGACAUUCUUGAGAAGUGCCGAAAUAAUCUGAAAGCGUAGAGUUCAGCGACCCAGCAUCAGUUUCCAAUGGUGAAUCGAGACCAAGUUUUCUCAUAUGAUCUCUUAUUUCCUAAACUUGUGUUAUUGAGUGUUUUAAAUCAUCUUGCAGGAAUUGUACCGAUUGUUUUGAUAAAUUAUAAUUAAGUAUAAAACAUAACCCAAUCGCACAAAAACACACUUGGAUGUGUAAACACAUUCCGUCCAUUGCACUCUUAAGAAUAUAGGCGAAAGGUUUAAUAUUACGUACAUUAUUGUUAGAGAGAUCGUUUAUUAGUUUGCUCUAGGACGAUAUAUUAGUAUUAGGAGCCACGUUGAUUCGGUGUAUGAAGAGACCAACCACGAGGCCGCCUCAGAACGAGCACAUUCCACACAACAAAGACACCUAGUACAUGGUACAUGCAUGCGCGUUUUAACGGUGGCGAACAAUGACAACAUCGAUAUUACGUAUUAGGAAACACGAGACGCACGCCUUCAUUUGUCUUUCGCUAGAAUGUUUAUCGCUGGAACGUAUGGAAGGAUGUUUUUAAUAUACAGUGAACGAAACUCGAAUGGUACCACUCUACUUUAUAGCAUUAUUUUUACAAAAUCCUUGCCAAA